AUUUGAUAAGUCAAUCAUUGACCCUUAAGUCACCAAGUCUAUGUAGAGCGAGGCCUAUAAAUAUGUUUCCUUAUACAUUGCAAAAGAUAUCAUAAACUACUUCAAUAAUAUUCUCAUUACAUACACUUCAUAAGUUCAACAGUAUUGUCCAAGCCUUCUAGAUCAGUUUUAUUACCCUCUUUUGAUUAGAAUAUCAGUUUAAAAGAUUAAAUUAUCAUAAAUGGAGAGAAAAACAUCUCAAAUCCAACCUCCAACUUACGGUGAUUUAAUCACUGUUCUUAGCAUUGAUGGAGGUGGCAUUCGAGGAAUUAUUCCAGCUACCAUUCUCAGUUUUCUUGAAGCUCAACUUCAGGAGUUAGACGGCAAUGAUGCGAGACUUGCAGAUUAUUUUGACGUGAUUGCUGGAACGAGCACUGGUGGUCUUGUGACGGCCAUGUUAACUGCUCCUGACGAAAAUGAUCGUCCACUUUAUGCAGCCAAAGAUAUUACCCCAUUCUACUUAGAGCAUUGUCCAAAGAUCUUUCCACAAAAGAAAUGCGGUUUGUUUGCUCCAAUUGGGAACAUGGUGCAAGCUAUAAUAGGACCAAAAUACGAUGGAAAAUACCUGCAUGAAGUCGUCAAGGAGAAGCUGAAAGAUACUCGUCUUAGCAAUACGAUUACUAACGUUGUCAUUCCUACUUUUGAUAUCAAGAAAUUGCAGCCUACCAUCUUCUCCACUUAUGAGACGAAACGAUCAGCAUGUUAUGAUGCAAAACUCUCUGAUAUUUGUAUCAGUACAUCAGCAGCUCCUACUUAUCUUCCUGCUCAUUAUUUCAAAGUUGAGGAUGGCAAAGGCAAUGUAAAAGAACAUCAUCUCAUUGAUGGUGGUGUUGCUGCAAAUAAUCCGGCUUUGAUUGCAGUAUCAGAAGUAAGCAAAGAAAUAUUGAAGGACAACCCAGAUUUCUUCCCUAUAAAACCAAUGGAUUACGGGCGUUUCCUUGUAAUAUCAAUAGGGACAGGAUCUGCAAAAUGGGAACAUAAAUAUAAUGCAUCAAUGGCCGCCAAAUGGGGUAUUGUGGAUUGGUUAUUUCACAAAGGUUCCACACCACUAAUCGAAGUGUUCACCCAAUCAAGUGCUGAUUUGGUUGAUUACCAUAAUUCUGUUGUUUUCCAAGCUCUUCGCUGUGAUGAUAAUUACCUUCGAAUUCAAGAGGAUGAACUGAAUGGAACAGAAGCCUCAGUUGAUAUAGCCACAAAGGAAAAUUUGGAAAGGCUAGUGGAAAUAGGGCAAAAUUUACUAAAGAAGCCACUUUCAAGGGUAAAUUUGGAGACGGGUUUGGCAGAACCAAUUCCUAAAGGAGGAACUAAUGAAGAAGCCCUUAAAAGGUUUGCAAGGUUAUUGGUGAAUGAAAGAAGACUUCGCGAAUCAAGAUCGCCACUUAUCAAUAAAUAAAGUCUCGAACUAAUGCAGUCUAUCAAGAAAAUCCUAUAUAUAUUCUUGAAAUCCAAGCAAUAUGUUAAUUAUUUUAAUUCCAACGAAAUUUCCCUUUUUUUUGGGGGAUUAGGUAUAGAAUAUUCUGUAUAGAAUUUAUUUAUUUAUUUAUAUUUGCGGCAAUAAUUUAGAAGUGUGCUCACCACCAUUCAAUUUGACAUAUGUAAGAAAUGCUCUAUAGAGUAGUAUGUUGUAUGUAACAUCCCCGUAAUUCAUACUAAUGUAAAUGUGUUUUACUCA